UUCAAUGGAGCACCUACCAGUUCAUUUGGCAGAUGAAGCACGAUUGGCUGGUCCAGUGCAGUAUCGGUGGAUGUAUUCUUUUGAACGAUAUUUGAGGACAUUGAAAAAUCAUAUCAGAAACAAAGCCAAGGUUGAAGGAUCCAUCAGCAAUGCAUAUAUACUAGAGGAAAUGUCCACCUUCUCUUCAUAUUACUUUGAGGAUCAUGUGACUACAAAGUGGAGAAAUUUGCCUCGCAAUAUUGAAGAGUCUGUUGAAGAAAAUGAUGAUCCUAAUCAACUCUUAAUCUUCAAACCAGUUGGACGUCCGAUUGGGCGAAUGGCAAAGAGAUACAUGGAUCCUCAAGAAUACAUUGCUGCGCAUAUGUAUAUUUUGAGCAAUUGUGCGGAGGUUGCAAACACAUAUAUCAAGAUCUUCGAGGACGAAAUGCGCUAUGUAAAUCCUUCACUAACCGAAGCGGAGUUAGAGAGUGCUUUCGACAACGAUUUUAUGGUGUGGUUUGGCCAUUAUGUAAGAUGUGACAAAUUUAUAUUCAAUAUACAUUUACUUGACUAAAAAUGGGCUUGCAAACCUAAAGUAUUGUGUGUAACAGGUGAUUCACCCUUCUAACAAUGAUUUGAACCCGUAUAUCAAGUCGCUUGCAGCCGGGCCUUUAACUGAGAUUGAAACAUACUCCGGGUAUUUUGUGAAUGGCUAUAGAUUUCACACGACUGAUCUUGAUGGAGAGCGCGCAACUGUGAACAGUGGCGUGUGCAUAAAAGGCUCGGUCUAUGGUAGAGAUGUGCAAGACUUUUAUGGGCGUCUACAAGAGG